AUGUGGAAGUUAAAAAGCAAAUUGCGGCGAAAAUUUCGCUCCUCAAAGAUCGAUUGCAACAGCAAUCGGGUAGAUUACGAUGCGGCAUCGUUCGAAUCCGAAAGCCCGGGAAGGCCUUCGUCGGAGCAAUCCGAUGCAUCGGUAGCGCUUGCGGUUCCCAUUGGUUCCCAUGGACACCGGCGUGGUUGCUGCAGUGCUCCGGUUGGGCGAGUCGCCGGUAGCGCUAGUAGCGAGCAUUCUUCCGCAGUUAGUUACAACUGUUGCUACAAUUACAAUUUCCACAUCAACUACAACGUGCAGCACCAUUCGGGAGCCGGUCACCACCCCCAUCGUCAUCACCAUCAUCCGGAAUUUGUGGACGACCCCGACGGAACGCCAGCCGGGGGUUCAGAAAGCUCAACGGAAAUUCCCCACCCGAGUCAGAGAUGUCCGCGAAAGGUUCACCCGAUGUCCUGUGGCUCGCGGCCCCAACGGCACAGUGCCGGAUCUAGUGCAUCCUCGACGAAAGUUUCAUCGGAACCGGAUGCACGCAGCAAGCGGUUUCUAGCCGUCCCCGGAACCAAAACACCAACCCGGUGCCUUUCGACCAGUGACCUGUCGUCGUACAAAAGCCGCUCCGAGCACCGGGAGAGUAGCGGUAGUGGAGGAACGAGAAAAAAGGCCAAAAGUGGACGAUUGCGGCCACGAUCGGCAUCCCAGCGGGGUCGUGGUGGAUCGCUGGAAAACACCGGCAGUGAGGCCAUCUCGGAGGAUUAUCACACCCUGUGUCGACGGUUGCAGGAAGUCUCGUUGCAACCGGAACCAACAACACCAGCCAAUCCGAUCGUCAACCAAACGGACCUAACCGAUCACGAUCGGCGCAUCCUGCACUGCAUGGUGCUGAAGCGCAUCAAGGAGCUGGAGCAGCUGGAGGAAGCGGUCCUGGCGAAGCAAUGCUGGGAGCAGGAGAAGGUCUUCCGGAAGUCGCUGCUGGAUCAGCAGGAGCGUAACUACCGUAAAGCGAUCCGCCAGAAGCGCUCCAUCGAGUUGAUCGAGAUACGCAACCGCAAGCAGCGAUUGGCCCGGCUCGAGCAGCAGCAGAUCGAGAAGAUUCAGAACGAGAUCAACGAAAAGGACCUCCGAUCGGCGAGCCUGCUAAAGAACAUCGAGAUCAAGAAGGGCAUCCGGGAGUGCGAGCGAAGAAGCCGCGAAUUGAAGCGACUCGAGGACGCCACCGUCAACCAGGAGGAGAAGGUGCUGGAUCGGGACAUCUGGCGGCAAUCGCUAGGGGACAUGCUGGAGGAGCGAGCCAGCCGAGCGGAAGGAUUACGCCGGAAGGUGAUGGACGUGUACCGGCGCCGGUUGCGCAUCGACAAUCAGCUCGAGCGGAAAAUGCACGCACACAAUCUGCAGCAAACGCUCGAGCAGGAGCGGUACAAGCUGACGCUGUUGAAGGAGCGCAUCCUGGUGCGGGAAAGCCGCUUCCAGAAGUUUAAGGACAGCAAGAAGCGCAUCUUCGAUCAGUUGAAGAAUCGCGCGAAAACGACCGCGGCACUGCGUGAUAUGGUGAAGCACACAAUCGGACCAGGCAGCUCGGCUGUGGCUGCGUCGGCGUGCAAUACCCGGCCAGGAUCGGUUGUGCAACGGUGUGGGUCAUCCGCGCGCUCUGGAUCCACCGGUGGUAGUGCGAUUGCGCCACACCGUUUGCUGGAUGUCGUGCGGAUCAAAUAA